AUGAACCUCGGCGGUGGCGGCGUUGGUGGAGGAGGCGAAGGAGGGGGUGGUGGAGGCCGUGGUGGCGGCGGAGACGGUGGUGGAGGUGGUGGGGACACUGGUGGACUGCAAUCAUCCUCUGGCGGGGAAGAAAUAUCAGGAAGUGGUAGUGGCGGUGGCGUAGAAGGCGGAGGAGGAGGAAAAAGAGGAAAAAGGGGUGGAAAUUGGUCUCCGCCGCUGCAUGAGGUGCCGCAAGGACAUGAUCCACACUUGAUGAAUCCUGUGUCUGGUGGUGGCUGGGAAAUCACUGAAGAAGAAAAUGAAAAAAUGAAGCACAAAAGGAGUAGUAUUAUUGUUGGAGAGACCAUUGUGUUAGUACAUGGAAUAAUUGGAAUUUGGAUCGUUUGA